GGCCGGCACCGCCCGCGGGGUCCCGUGACGCGGGUCCGAGCGCGGGUCACAAGUGCCAACGCGGCUGACAGCGGCGGCAGCGACAUGGCAUCGGAGCGGGACGUGCGCGCCCGGCUGCAGCGCGCCGGCCAGGAGCAUCUCCUGCGCUUCUGGGCCGAGCUGGAGCCAGGGCCGCGCGCCGCGCUGCUGGCAGAGCUGGAGCCGCUGGAGCCCGAGGCGCUGCGCGAGCACUGCCAGCGCGCGGCCGCGGCCUGCUUGCGCCCCGGGGGCCCUCCGCCCGACCUGGCCGCGCGCCUGAGGCCCCUGUCCCCCGAGCGCGUGGGCAGCGCGAGCCGAAGCGACCCCGAGACUCUGCGGCUCUGGGAGGAGGAAGGUUUCCAUCAGAUCGCCCUGAACAAGGUGGCUGUGGUGCUGCUGGCUGGAGGACAGGGCACUCGCCUGGGUGUGACCUACCCUAAGGGCAUGUAUCAGGUGGGGCUGCCCAGCCAGAAGACCCUGUAUCAGCUGCAGGCAGAGCGGAUCCGGCGGGUGGAGCAGCUGGCUGACGAGCGCCAUGGGACCCGCUGCACGGUGCCCUGGUACAUCAUGACAAGUGAGUUCACGCUGGGGCCCACAGCCGAGUUCUUCAAGGAGCAUGACUUCUUUCACCUGGACCGCAACAAUGUGGUCAUGUUUGAGCAGCGCAUGCUUCCUGCUGUGACCUUUGAUGGCAGGGCCAUCCUGGAGCGGAAAGAUAAGGUGGCCAUGGCCCCAGAUGGCAACGGGGGCCUGUUCUGCGCGCUGGCGGACCACCAGAUUUUAGAGGACAUGGAGCGUCGAGGAGUGGAAUUUGUGCAUGUCUACUGUGUAGACAACAUCCUGGUGCGGCUGGCAGACCCCGUCUUCAUAGGCUUCUGCGUGCUGCGAGGUGCUGACUGUGCCGCCAAGGUGGUGGAAAAGGCUUACCCCGAGGAGCCCGUGGGCGUGGUGUGCCAGGUGGACGGGGUCCCGCAAGUGGUGGAGUACAGCGAGAUCAGUCUUGAAACCGCGAGGCUUCGCGCACCGGACGGAGGUCUGCUGUACAACACAGGCAACAUUUGCAACCACUUCUUCACGCGAGGCUUCCUCCAGACAGUCAUCAGGGAGUAUGAGCCCUUGCUGAAGCCACACGUGGCUGUGAAGAAGGUCCCAUACGUGGACGAGGAGGGAAAUCCGGUAAAGCCGCUAAAACCGAACGGGAUAAAGAUGGAGAAGUUUGUGUUUGAUGUGUUCCAGUUUGCUGAGAACUUCAUGGCCUUUGAGGUGCUACGGGAGGACGAGUUCUCUCCGCUGAAGAACGCCAGCUCGGCGGACAAGGACAGCCCCACCACAGCCCGGCAGGCCCUGCUCUCUCAGCACUACCGCUGGGCCCUGCAGGCAGGGGCCCACUUCCUGGACUCAAAAGGGGCCCGGCUCCCCGAGCUGCCCAGCCUGCCUGGCAGUGAAGAGCUUCCCGCCAUCUGUGAGAUCUCGCCGUUGGUGUCUUACUCUGGAGAGGGUCUGGAGGUGUACCUGCGAGGCCAGGAGUUCCAGUCCCCACUCAUCUUGGACGAAAACUGUGUCAGGGCACUGCGGUCGUGACUGGCUCCCAGACCUGCUAACCCUGGAGUCUGCAGGGGUGGGGACAUGGCUCCCACCUGGGGCUCCAGGGAGGGUGUUGUGUGUUUUCGGACCAUGGAACACAAAAGGAAG